GCAUCUUCCUAUAAUAAUUUGCCUGCCUCUCACCGUUGAAGAGUCGCCGUUUCCAUUCCCCUCGUAUCUACAUAUCUACCCUUCCAAUUCCAAGCAAUCACUCCCAGACGAACACAAGCACCAAUGGCUUUCCAAAAGAUCAAGGUCGCCAACCCCAUCGUCGAGAUGGACGGGGACGAAAUGACAAGGGUUUUCUGGAAAUCCAUCAAGGACAAGCUUAUUUUGCCAUUUGUGGAAUUGGACAUCAAAUACUUUGACCUUGGUCUUCCUCAUCGUGAUGCCACUGAUGACAAGGUUACUGUUGAAAGUGCCGAGGCUACUCUCAAGUACAAUGUAGCGAUCAAGUGUGCAACUAUUACUCCAGAUGAGGCUCGUAUGAAGGAGUUUAACUUGAAGAGUAUGUGGAGGAGUCCCAAUGGGACUAUUAGGAAUAUUUUGAAUGGUACUGUUUUCAGAGAACCAAUUAUUUGCAAAAACAUCCCUCGCCUUAUCCCAGGCUGGACAAAGCCGAUAUGCAUUGGAAGACAUGCUUUUGGUGAUCAGUAUCGAGCAACUGAUGCAGUCAUUAAAGGACCUGGGAAACUGAAAUUGGUGUUUGUGCCAGAAGGAAAGGAUGAGAAGACAGAGCUAGAGGUUUACAACUUUACAGGGGAGGGGGGAGUUGCAUUGGCCAUGUAUAACACUGAUGAGUCCAUCUGUGCUUUUGCAGGGGCUUCCAUGACCACAGCUUAUGAGAAAAAGUGGCCUCUUUAUCUUAGCACAAAAAAUACUAUACUGAAGAAGUAUGAUGGAAGAUUCAAGGACAUAUUUCAAGAAGUUUAUGAAGCUAACUGGAAAUCAAAGUUUGAAGCUGCUGGCAUAUGGUAUGAGCAUCGUCUCAUUGAUGAUAUGGUGGCUUAUGCACUUAAAAGUGAUGGUGGGUAUGUUUGGGCAUGCAAGAAUUAUGAUGGAGAUGUGCAAAGUGAUAUGUUAGCUCAAGGGUUUGGAUCUCUUGGAUUGAUGACAUCAGUACUGGUGUGCCCAGAUGGAAAGACUAUAGAAGCUGAAGCUGCGCACGGUACAGUUACUCGGCAUUACAGGGUUCACCAGAAGGGAGGUGAAACGAGUACAAAUAGCAUAGCUUCUAUCUUUGCUUGGACAAGAGGCCUAGCACACAGGGCGAAGUUGGAUGACAAUGCAAGACUUUUGGAGUUCACUCAAAAACUCGAGGAAGCUUGUAUUGGAACUGUGGAAUCGGGGAAAAUGACCAAGGAUCUUGCACUAAUUCUUCACGGAUCCAAGCUGGCUAGGAACCACUACUUGAAUACUGAAGAGUUCAUUGAUGCUGUGGCCGAGGAACUGAAAGCUAAGCUUGCUUGCUAGGAACCACUGCAGUUUCCAGACUUGGUUUGGAGGGAUAGGCAACUGUAGACUUCUGUAUUUUGAAAUAAGGCAGGGGGGCGGAAAAAAGGGAAGGCUCCGAAGGGCGGAAAAAGGGAAGGCAGGAAGGGUAGAAAAGGCGAAGCCAAGGGUGGCGGAAACUUCCCCCUCUGGUGUUAUGUUAGUGUUGUUAACUCAUCUGUUUCUUGUGUGUGUUAGUUUCUUGUGCACCAUUUGGAUUCUCGGCUCUUAUUGAUUUGCUUGUUCUUUCCUCCUCGUCGGUUGGUAGCUUUGGCAAUUUUCCUUCUUCAUGACUCACCUCAAAUUUUAUGACUCCUCUCUUUAUAGAAGAACAUUUUAAUUUCA